AUGGGCCUCGGUGGUGCUGCUUUGAAGUUUGGCUCGACCGCCAUCUAUGCUCUCGAGUUCUGCUGCGCUGCAAUCGUCCUUGGCAUUUACAGCUACUUCCUCGCUGUACAGGCUGACCGCGAUGUCAACAUUCCAGUCUGGCAACAGGCCGUCACUGGUCUCUCCGGUGCCGUCGUCCUUUACACCAUCUUUGCUGUCUUGUUGACUUGCUGCAUUGGUGGAAAGACAAUGUUUGCCAUGCUUGCAAUUCUCUUCAACAUCCUUUGCUGCGGUGCCAUGAUUGCCAUCGCCGUUCUGACCCGUGAUGGUGCAUCCAGCUGCUCUGGCAAUGUAAAGACCCCUCUUGGCAACGGUCCUGCACGCUCCAAGCAAGGCUUUGGCUCCAACGGCCAGGGCAACCAGAUCACCUACUCUGCUUCUCUGGGCACCACCUGCAGGCUCAACACUGCCUGCUUUGCCGUCGCCAUCAUCGGUGCCUUCCUCUUUUUGCUCAGCGCCCUCCUUCAGGUAGCCCUCAUGCGCCACCACAAGAAGGAAAAGCGCUUCGGUCCUGGCCCUUCAAACGGCUACACCAAGGGCUCCGGCAUGAAGUUCUGGCAGCGCAAGAAGGCUCACAGGACCACUGGCAGCCGUGACCCUGAGGUUGCUGCCGUGCCUGCUGCCACUGGUGGACUUGCUGCUCCUAAUGGUACCCACGACUACCGCCCCAGCCACGAUACCGCCUACACUGGCUCAACUGUCGCAUCUCCCAACGCCGGCUAUGACAGCCACAAGCCUGUUGGCUCUGGCUACCACACCGCCCCUACUAGCAACUACGCUAUCAACGGUAACACUGCUACCUACGGAAACACCGCUACCAACUAUUAA